AUGGGGCCGGGCAAUGGAGCCAUGCAGGAACACAAGCGCUCUUUAGCAACCAAAACUGCUCGAAGACGGGAGUGUGAUGAAAGACUUCUGGGUGGAGCUGUGAAUGUUAUCCAUGCUGGCAUCAACAGACAGGCAUCGUUACCUGGCAGACAGGAGGGCAGUCAUAUCGCUGCCGUCAUCACCCAAUCACUGGGAGCAUCAGUUAGAUCGGAGCCUGGUCUUCUUCCUGAGACGUUGCCAAGAUGGCUGCCGAAUGGCGAGACUUGCCUCUCUGCUAUUCUCAUCGCUGCCUCAUUCCAGCAGUCGUCCCAGCGUCUCUGUCAGGAAGCAUCAGCGCACAACGGAGGCCGGCACCCAGGGACGGCCUCAGGCUGCUCUGCCCAACACACACCUGCCCUGCCUCCGCUCGGACCCCAUGUCCACCGUCCGUCACCGCCCGAGGGAGAGUGGGCUGCGACUGGGGUGGAGAUGGAGGGUCACAGGGAAGUGAAGGCUGAUCUCAUGGCACCUGAUGCUCUGGAAGAAUCACUUCUAAUCGCUGCUGCUCUGAAUGAUGGAGACACAAACAAGACCAAUCGACAACAGCAAACUUUCUUAUUCACAAAACAAUGAAUUGAUUAAUUGAAAAAAAGAAUCGGCAGAUUAAUUGACAAUCAAAUCAUCAGCCAGUAUGUUUCUUUAAUAUGAAAAGCAAGAUGAUGUAGUUUGUUUGGCUUAAAGAAUGAAAAUGUAGUUUAACUAUCAGCACAUUUCAUCGUGAUCCGUUUAUCUCAGCUAUUAAACGACCACAGAUAAACACAGAGCGAGCUCUUCCCCGGUCGACCCUUUAAACUAAUAUUAUCUCCAUCAUUGCCUCGAUGCUGCGGUUGUGGAACGAUCCUCUCGCUCUGUGUGCAUCGAGGACAAGACUCUGGUUUAAAGUGUUUAAGUAAAUCCUUUGAUGGAUGAAAUCAUUACAUUUGCCCUCAUGUAUAUUUCAUGUCCCAGUCCAGAUUA